AUGUACUCUUAUAAAGUGAAAGACUUUAGUUUCAGUAACGAAAACGAAACAGUAAAGAAAAAGAAAACUUGGAUUAAAUAUGUUAUCGCUAUAACUUUAUUAUGCUGCGUGUUGGCAUCCACUUUUGUGCCAAACUUCCUGCUACACUAUGCAAGUAGCAAUAAAUACCAUCCUCAGAAGCAUAGAUUUGCAUCAGACCUGAAGCAUAUAUUAAUUUGGACGACGACUGAGGACCAUUCGUACUUCGAACACAACGAGGGACAGAAAGAUUUUGUGAGACAGCAGUGCCCGAUAUACAACUGUUAUAUUUCGUACAACAAGACUUUGCUGAGAGGCGAUGUUCGCAACUAUGACGCUGUAAUUGUCGACAUAAGAGAAGUUUUAAAAACUUACAUGCUCAAGCCUCAUCCAGUUUUCCAACGUUCCCCUCACCAAGUUUACGUGUUCCAUGCUUUAGAGGCAUCUACAAAAUACUCUAUCUGCAAUCCCAAUCUUGACCACUUCUUCAACUGGACGUGGUCCUAUAAACUCAACUCGGAUAUCCCGCAUCCAUUUUUCAACAUCCAUAAUUUGAAAAGAGAAAUUAUUGGCCCUAAGAUAAAUAUAACAUGGCUUGAUAAGUUAAAGCAUGAUUCUAGAAACAAAGAUUUGAUAAAGCGGAAGACAAAAUCAGUUGCCUGGUUACUAACGGAAUGCUCAUCGAAAGUGCUACAUGAGAAGUUUGUAAACCAAUUCCAAGCUGAAUUAGCCAAUUAUAACUACACCUUAGACGUGUACGGUGCGUGUGGGCAUCAAAGCUGUUCUGAGAAAGGAAAAUUCAAAUGUUACAAGAUGAUAGAAAAGAACUAUUUUUUCAGUUUAGUAACAGAAGAGAUCAACUGUGAAGAUUGGGUGACUGAUAAAAUCAUUAAUACAUUAAACCACAUCUCUAUCCCCAUAGUUGUUGGACGAGCUAAUUACUCGAGCUUCCUUCCUCCCGGCUCCUACAUCGACGCAAAGGCCCACACAAUGAAAGAACUGGUCGGCAUCAUGAACUACCUCAUGACUUACCCCGACACCUACUCUUUCUUCUUCGACUGGAAGAACCACUAUUACUACACGCCUCGCCCGAAGAACUACCUCUGCGAUCUGUGUUCUAAACUCAAUGAACACUAUGAGCCUCAAUCGCUGGGAGACAUGAGGAAGUGGUGGAACCCUAAUUAUAAUAAGAGGUGUGCUGCUAUGAAUGAUCCGUUCCUUGAAGCGGAUUAUGAUCAAUUGUAAAUAAAUGUACAAAAA